GAGAAGCUUGUCUGUGUGCUAUGAGGGGUAGCAGCUGUACCUAACUAUAACGAAUAACUUAGUGUAGGGAGUGAAUUUAUUGGCCCUGAACUGUAUCAGUGGUUCCCAGCCACAGAGACAUGUUGCGAUAUCCCCGCCAUGGGUACUGCAGGCUUUUGCAAUUGGUGCUCGCCAGGGAUUCCAUCAGGGUCUUAAACUCAGGUCACCAAGGAGACCAGCUUGGAUAGCUCCCCAGACACUGGAUUGACAGCUAUAAACAGGAGUAUCAGAGAGGCGAUCUGCUGCUGAAGGCAAGACAAAUAAAAGGGAAGUGUGUAUAUGUGUGCGUAUCCAUUCUUUGCCCGGAGAUGUCUGCUCUUUCCAAUUAUGCCUUGCGGAUGGCCCGCCUGAGUGCCCGGAUAUUUGGAGAAGUUGUCAGGCCAACAGACAAUAAGUCCAUGAAAGUAGUGAAGCUGUUCAGCGAGCAGCCCCUUGCCAAACGGAAGGAAGUCUACGAUUGGUAUCCCCCUCACAACACCUACGUCGCCCUCAUGAAGAACCUCCGCUUCCUUGGCCUUUACAGAGAUGAACAUCAAGAUUUUAAGGAAGAGAUGAGACGGCUAAAGAAGCUCCGUGGUAAAGGAAAACCCAAGAAAGGAGAAGGAAAGAGAGCUACCAAGAAGAAAUAGUGCUACUUUGGAACUGCAACAGACUACUUUAGAAAUGUCAGAGCAAAAGCAACCCUAUCCCUUUCUUCCCAGCCAGAGACGGAUUUGCAUGCAGCUGAGUUCAUGGCUGCAGUGGGGAUUGGGUGUAAGCAGUCUGCCAGAUAUUAAACUCUGAAUUGAACUCUCUUUUUACUAGGCCUCUUUGAGCACUCAGGUUUUUCACCAGUGACUGUAUAUAUAGGAAUAAUUCAGUAUGUUUCAGCACCCAUGAUAAUGCUGAUUUGGGUUUCAGUUGCUAUGGGAGCCCUUUUCUACCUGAGUCAGCAAUAAAAAAAGUCUACAUUU